AACGAGAUCGAGUGAUAAUUAGCUGCAUAUUAACUGGAAGGCUGAAGGUUUAGGUCUCAUUCUGAAGGUAUGUGAGCAUCCAAGAUGUGGUGGAUAGUGGUUUCGUGUUUCCUUACGCUCAACAGUCAUAUAUCAUCACAACCUUUAGAAGGUACUGAGAAUGUUCGCCAGACGCGUCAACUGGACUUCGGUGAGUGCUGUCCUUGCCCAGGCGCUGGACAAGUUGGACAAGGCUUCGAAGCACCAGGCCCUUCGUUCUCCAGUUACGAUGGUCCGUACAGCCCUGCGAGAGAGGUGGACGACUGUCCGUGCCGGGCUAGAAGCUCUGACUCCGACGGAGCCUCAUCAGUUUUCUUUCCCACCGCAGUGCGUCCUGAUGGGCAUGUUGUGAGACCCACGGAACCGAAAGAAGACCCAAAGCCACUUCUACACCCAGAAGUCGAUCUCGCAUCAUCAGUUUUGGAAACACUACGAGAAGCCACCGAGGAGGAGUACAAGGAAGCGCUGGCGAGGGAUGCUGCCAGGAGUAUGGGGACAUCAGCUGACGAGGCUUUAUUUGGAGACACAGUCCCAGACGCAAGUACUGCUAACUUACUAACCAUUAUAAUGAACCCAAGAAAUGCUGAGGAUGACAUUGUUCCUCAAGAAUCACGUGUUCAAGAAACGCGUUGUAUUCAUGGACCAUUAGGCAGCGCCAGGUCGAGUCCAGUCCAGAUGCGAGCUCCGACGAAACCACCAAACUUAUUACGUGAACUGUUUGGGCUGCCACAAGUAGAUCAGCUUGAUGAUAUGGAUAGUGGUGUAGGUGCUAGUAAUAUUCAAGAACGUGUUGUAAAAAUGAAUGAUGAUCAAGCACUUAAUACAAUUAAAGUUGGAUCGCGGAAGUACGCGCCUGUGCUGAAACCAGAUACAAGUAUCAAAGAUAUGUCUGGCAACUUAGAGAGUAACGUAGGUGAUAUUGGCAUUGGGAGUAAGGUGCCUAAUUUAAAACUACCUAAGACUACGCUGAAGGAUUUAUUAAAUCAAAAAUUUUUAGAGGAUCAAGAGAAAAUAAGUUCUCUGCCUGCAAUUCCGAAACUUAGAUUAAAUAAUUCACUAUUAAAGCCUAAACCAGACCUCAUUGAAGAUAUGAGUGUAUCUCCAAAUGACAUUCAUGAACAGGCUAUAAGGAAUUUCUUUGAAGCUAAAUCUCAUUUGGACAAUAUUUUACAGAACGCGCAUACCAGACCAUUGAGUUUGAAAAAUCUAUUAAAGUUAAAAGAUGUUGAAUUUGUUCCUUUGAAAGAUCUAGUUAAACCAAGAGCAGAUACUCCUACACUAUCUAUACCGAAACUGAAUUUACCAGGCAUCUUUGAUAAAGAAGAAAAUGCCCCAGUUAAUCAGUUAAGUACGGGAUUAACAGGAAAGAUGCAAAUCUCUAGUAAAAAUGAAUUGAUGGAUGCCGAAGUUAGUCCAAGUAAUAUGAUUGAACAGGUCAGUAAUAAUAACUGCAACGAUGAAUCUGCUAAAAGUGCUGAAACGGACAACGGGGUCACUGAUGAUGCUGAUAGUGGGCAUGAAGGCGGGAUCUCAACCGAAAUUAUUGACUCAGCGUCCAGUCCUGACACACAAUCUGUAGUCAUAAAUAAAAGCAACAUUCUUGAUGCCGACUCAAAUGAACUGGCGCAAACUACAGAUGAUUGUGAUAUGAAUGCUCCUGUAAAGACAGAAUCAGCCUUUCAACCAACAGAAAGGUUUAUUGUUGAAGAAGCCAUAGAAAGAGACAAUAGGGACGAAAUGGUACCAGAUGAUUCAGAAGAACGUACAAUGGAUAACAUAACCCAAGAAGAUUCAGAACCGAAAAAUGUAACAGACGAUGAAAAUUGUGCUAACAAUGCCGACGAUAUGGAUUCUCUAACUGAUUCUAGCAACACCAUAAAUAAUGUAGUUCAACCAGAUGAUUUAGAGUUUCGGUCCAUUCAUGAUAAGGCAUCUGAGAAUGAUAAUGAUAUAUCAGAGGAGCCUUGUAGCCAGGAGCAAUCAUUUAUUGAAAAUGUCAAACCUCCAGGUAGUGAUCAACCCACUAAAUUAAUAAGACCCCUUUCUUUAGAUAAAGCUAUUUCAUCUAUCAGAGAAAAUAUAAAGAAUAGAUUAGAAAACAUAAAGAAUACAAAAACUAUUCCUAAAACAGCAAAAAUCUAUGAAGAACAAACUCCAAAUAACGUCAUUGAAGAAGAACAAGAAUUGCCAACAAUAAUAGAUAACCAACAAGACUCUAAUUGUCAACAUGAAGAAUCACUUCAAGCUACAACAAUGAAAGCAGUAAUUUGUGACGAUGGACUAAAGGCUAAUGAUGAAUCUGCAAAUACGGUGAGUAUGCAGGACUUGCAAAAAAUUUCAGAUUCAAUGUUGCAAAGGGAAGAAAAAGAACGACAGUCAAAAGCAGCUUGCGAUGAAUUGUCACCGGCAGAGAUGGAACCCAAGAUGUCAACUGAAGAUAACAUUAAAGACAAUCAGAAAGAUUCUGAACCAUCAACCUCUAUACAAAAAAUAGUUAUAAUGGAUCCGCGAGACGUUGACAACGGUGAUGAUGAUUCUAAAAAUUCUUGUCCAAGUGGACCAACAUUACAGAAACAGGCAGAAGAAGUAAAUGACGCAAGUGGAUCGGCCAGUGAAGUGGUUGCUAGUAUAUUGCCUCAAAACAAUGUGGUCCGUCCACCUCCUUUGUUCAACAAAGUAGUACAACCUGAUCUUAACAUAUUAAAUAUACCAGUACCAGAUUUAAAAGACUUGAUCAAAAUAGAACCAAUACCUACUCUUGAUGACAUUAAAACUGGUUUGAACAACUUGCUUGGCGCUAGACCAGGUGAAGCAGCAGAAUUACCUCGUGCAUCAGUAGAUUCAAGGAUUGGUACACCAAAUAUUUUACAGCAAACCAUGUCUACGGCUGCCAGUACUAAAAGAUUCCGGUCAAGACUGCCGCCUUUAGGAUUAGAAACUAUUGAUUUAGAUAUUCUACCGAAAUUACCGAAACUGGAGCUGCCUAGUAAAAACAAACUGCUGUUGCCAGAUUUGCAAAUCAAGCCAUUGAAACUGCAGUCAACGUUAAACAAUAAAGGAAUACUCGCAGGAAGGAAUAACCCACUAGAUAUUUUGCCUACUUUAGAGAUUCCUGGUAGUCGGAUGAAAUCUCUCGGUCGGAAAACAGUGAAAGCAUCACGUAAACCUGAUGUUCUUAGAAGUAGCUUGACGCCAACUAAAGGAAUUGAGGAGUUAACUGAAGACUUGGAAUCCCACGCUAAACAUACGUUAAGACACAUGCAGAAGACGCUUCAAUCUACUGUGAGAGAACAAACCAAGCUCCCAACAACGUUACAAUCCAACGACUUACUGGAAGCUAUCGCCAGGAAUCAUGAAGAUGUCAGUGAUAAACUCAAAGCUUUACACAUGGAUUUCAACGACAGACUUGAAACAAUGCGGAACAACCUUUUUGACAGUCCUUUAUUCGAAUCACGUACUACAGAGCCAUUCAGUCCUCUUGGAAACGUUAAAGAAAGAAAACCUUCUCUGAAAACGGCACAGCCCAAAUCUCUGACAAGUAGAAUAAGGGAUUCCAAGAAAUCAAAGACUCGCAGGCCUGAACAGCAGAAACAAAGCGGGCUGAAGCUUUCGUCUCAAGCAUAUGAAGAUAAGUUCAGGAUGCCCGCUGCAGCCAGUGUGCCUGUACCUAAAACCCUCAAAGUCCCUAAGCUAGAACCUACACUAAAACGCCCUGGUCUAUUAAAACUUUAUACAAACGAUCACGAUAUUGCUAAAAUAAAAGAGGCAUCAGUUCCUUUAUGGAAAAAAGAAAGCGAGAAACUAAAUAAAAAUACAAGAUUGACGAAAACAAUGAAUCCCUUUAAGGACAGUAAAAUUGAAGUAACAUUUUCGACCACUCCUCGGCCGCCAAUGCCAAGAGCACAAUUUAGAAAAUUGACAUUGCCUUCAUCUUCGGACAGAAACAUGAGAAGGUAUGGAGUGUUAGAUAAUAGUGGUUCACCGAGUGACAUGAGAAGCGCUGUAGUUUCGGCUCCCAUUUCUAGUCAAGACUAUAAACUAGGUAAUAAAGCUGUUGAUAGUGGGAUCGGGCAAGAAUCCGUAACCAGACUACAAAAGGUUACUGGAAAAGGCGGUCGGUUAGCUAAUACAAAACCUAAAAUGAGUAGUGAUUUAGAGUCGUGGCCCAAGGCUUCUGAAAGCGCGUUUCUAUCGAAAGUAAAAGAAGCUGUAAAGUCUAGACUUUCUAAAACCCCUACUUUAAAGAAGUCUGAAAAUACUGAAGUUGCUAAUAGCAACACAGAUAUGUUACGCGCCGCAUCAGAGAAUGUUGGCGUGGUUGAAAGUAAAGUUCUCAAAGAGAAUGUUUCGUAUAAGUGCACAAUGGUUUGUACAAAAGAGUAGAAUAGGACAGGAAAGGUGAACUGUAAUUAUUUUCAAUGACUUGUAUAUUUUAUGAACCACGAUCUGAAGACUAGAAACCUGAAGCUAGGCUACCAUGAAAUCUACAACAUGUUUGUCAU